CAAGUAGAGCGUCAGUUCUCCGUCAAACACGGACGAGUGUGGGUCGAUCAGUUUAGUUGAGAAUGUCGAAGAUUUUGUUCGCAAUUGUUUGUUUUUCGUUGUGCGGCGCUUCGGUUUUAGCAAGCAGCAGCCGUUGGUGGCCAGCAAAGUUGCAAGUUGAUCGUGUCACCUACUCCCCAGAGCUGCUGCAGGAUCUACGCGACUUCAUCGACCUGAUACCGAGCAUUGUUAUCGAUGAGGUCAUCGCAGAACAUAUGCUAACGGAUUCGGGAUUCCGCAAAGCGAUCAAGUUUCUGCGCAGUUCCGAUUUUAAGCACUUGCAGCAACUCGCCGAAUCGUUGCCCGAGAUAAUUGAGGUUAUAAAUUUCGUGCAUUUGAAUGAUAAGGCUAUCAGAUCGAGAAUUGUAAUCGACGAACGUCUCAGACGACAGCUCAGAGCAUAUGCAUACAAAACCUAUGGCUAUAAAUCAGUUAUGGAAAAUGGCAUUGCCGAAGAGCUGGAGGAGGCGGAUGACAGGGACUUGAAGAACUUGGUCGUGGUUCUUGUGCCACUGGAUCUACCUCAAGCGCAGAAGUUAGCUACCAGUGUCAACAGCUUUGUGAGCUUCGCUCAGGAGCUGUUGACGCACCUGCCGCGCGACCGUUUUGUGGCGUUAAUUAAAGAGAAACGUAAAAGUAGCAAAGUUUUUCCCAAAUUCUAUGAAGCCAUACGAAGCGACGCAUUCAAAUCGCUUCUGGACAAAACAAUGAAAUCACAGAAUGUUCAGAAAAUUAUUAAAACGUUGGCAAGCCAUGAGAUCGAUGCUGAGAGUCUGAAGGGCAUUGCAUUGGAUGUCAUCUCUUGGGGCCCGGCGAUCUGACUUUUAUCAAAUUAAUAAAUAAUUUAUGUUUAAGUAUAUAUGUUUAUAAUAUGACUGAAAGCGCUUGUUAAACUUCGCUGCGAUUAAAUAAUUAUUUAACUUUAUGCAUUCUAAAAAAUAAUUCAAC